AUGACAAAAGGCAAACGCAAGGCCGGAGCGUCGCAAUCUCCAGACAGCAGAUCAUCAAAGCGCAGAGCAGAUGCAGAUGACAUGGACGAACAAAACGCAUGGGAAGAGGAGGAAGAUCAGGGACGCGUUGAGAGCCAAAGCAUGCUGGCUGCCAUCAAUCGCUUGCAGCACAAAGAUGAUGGCUGGAUUGAUAAGAUGCGCGCUGAAGUCGACAGCGAUGAGCAAGCGCUCAAUGAGUUGCUGGAUGACAAGGAGCGUGAACUGGCAGAUCUCGACUCCCAGUUUCACAACGACAUACGCGCCUUACUCACCGAUGUCCUCGGCGGACCUGCACCCAAGGCCAAGAAUGGCGCAUCCGCCCAAGACGCCUCCAAUCUCCGACCUGCCCACGAACACGCUCAGCUUCUAUUCACCAAGUCCGACGACUUGAUCAAGAACUACAAGAAAGUCGCCGAAGUCAUCCAGAUAGCCGAGAGAGAGCUCACCACCGACCACAUACAAGCUUUCGACAAAGACAAGGAUGAUGUCGGCGAACUUCUACAUGUCGGCCAAGAGCUCGCUCGUCGCCAGGUGGAGGACAUUCUGAAGCGACGCGAUGGAGAUGAUACGCCUCAGCGCAAAAAGAUGAAAGCUCUCUUUACCGACGAAAAGUUGGACGAAGCUGCUGCCCUGUUCAAGGUUCUCCGUGAUGAGCGCAAGGAAGAAGAUGAGGAUGAAGAAAUUGAACAACUUGUCAAAAUUGACAUGACCGAAGGAGACGGCCUGUUUCCGAUCAUUCAUCAAACAAAGAAAGGCGUCAAGAAGUUGGCAAGCCACCUGUUUGCUGAAGACGUUUGA